AUGAAAACAUUUUAUGCGCUUCUGAAUCCAACUUUUCUUGAUGACGUUUUUUUUCUUCUUUUGGUUGAAAAGACGAGAUUGUAUUUUAUUUGUGAAAAACAUGAUGAUAUCAAGGAAAAUGAAGAAAAGCUCAUGGUUGGAAAGAAAAUAUGGAAGAAUAGAAUGAAUGAGAAACAACAAAGAGUAAAUAGUGAAGUAAAAAACUAG